CCCAGCUUCCAUGACGCGCUUCCUGGCGCAUGCGCAGACUUUUUGUUUGAAUUUGAAUCAGACAUCAACGUUUCACACGAUGAUGAAUUUGAGCUUUUAAGGUCUCGAUGAGCUAAAUUUGGUCACUUCACGGUCGUUAACGAGGACAUUUGUUUGGAGGCAAAGUCUACUGCUGGUUAACGAUUAAAUACGGCAACUCUACAUGUUUCUCUAGUUAUGUUACCUAUGAGGACAAUGGCGUCUUUGAAGUCUUCCAAACAGACUUCAGCCAACGUUACAGCAUCAAAGAUCAAAAACAAGAUCCUCAACACCUCCUCCUCCUUCUCCAAGGCCUCUUUGAAGACCAACAACAAGGCCUUAGCUCUUGGUUUGCAGGCCCAGAAGGAGAGGAGCAGGCAGCUGGAGAUGGAGGUUAUGUACCUCCAGAAACAAGUGGAGGCUUUGUGCUUCGAGCUGGCCGGCAAGAAUUACAAGCAGAGGAAACUGCUCGUCAUCUUAAAAAAACUCCACAGCGACACUCUGCAGCACUUUGACAUGGCGGCUGACCUGUUCCCCGACAGUGAUCUACCUAAACUAUCUGAGGACAACAAGACCUCAUCUGGUGACAACAAUGAAGGAAAUCUUGUGGGAAGUCUCACAGAUCAGUUACCUCCUCGGCCAGAAAUUGCAGGGUGUUUGCGGAUUCCCCUCCAAAAAGUACCGGCGGAUUUGCCUGAAAAAAACAUCUGUGCGAAUGUCUUCCAUAUUCAGAACGGACCCAGAAAGUCCACUAAUAUUUUCACUGAUGCCGAGAAAAGGCCUUCAAGCCAGUUUAUACAAGCUCCCCAGACAGGAACGUCCCAUCAGUCCAGCAGCCUAAGGGAUGACGUAGAGCGGCUGUCAAUGAUGAUCUCUCAAUCUGGGUUUGAUAUGAAGUCAGUCCCCUGUCUUCAGACUCCCUCAGUUGUAAGAAUGUGUGAAAAACCCGAGCCACCUCUUUCUGAUGAUGUUCCCCUUCCAAGUAGCUCAGUCACGGGACCAGAACAUGGUAACCAACAAGAGAAGACUGUGCUUCUGAAUACAACAAUGGAGAUGACGCUAAGUCAUGCUUCUGAGAUAGUCACUGUUCAAACCAAAGCCAAAAAAACUGGCAAGCCGAAAAGCAAGAAGAAUAAGGAACACACCGGUGGGUCAAGUGUGGCUGAAAAGCAACAAGUGAAGAACUCUGCAGAUUCAGAGGUUCAGAUUGCGGCCACCGGCACUGUGUUACAGACAGAUGGUCAUGCACUAGAUGGUAUUAGAGACCCAGAGGUUAAUGAGCUUCAGUCAGAUAAAACACAGUGUCGGAGUGUCGCUACCUCUCACAUUCCCAAAUUGAGUAAGUCUGGCAACCAUCAGAAAAUGGCAAAGGACAAAUUAAAAUCCCAGGACCAAACCAAGUCAAAAACAGGGUCCCAUGACAUUGCCAUACCGGACCUGGACGAUUAUUUCAUGGAUCCUGUAAUUCAAUUCUCAAAAGCCAGCAAAGGUGUAAAAUUAUCACCAGAGAAUGAUCCGGCAGAAGAGUUCAGGUCCAAAGUCACAUGCAGGAGGACUAAAAGCAGGAGCUCCAGGAAAACGUUUGUCACUUUGCCUCUGCUAUCGCGUGAAAGUGAGAGCAGUCAAUCCAAAUUGGAACAAUUCCACAGUGAAGUGCAAGUUGAAGCAUACAAAGACCAAGAACCACCCGAAGAGUUCCUGUUUUGUGCAGAUGAGGUCACACAUCCAGAGUCUGAACCUGUGGGCUAUAAACCACAGCGCAAACUGAUGACAAAUUCGGAGGGAAGUCCAAAAUCAAGAUGCAGAGGGACAUUUGUUGUCGCAGUGGACCGGGAUAGCUCCUCAUCGGACAGAGCGUCACCUGAAGUUGGUACGGGUUGUCUUGAGGGUCGCGGUGAUGCCUCACCUCUCUGUGGCGUUGAUGGUCCUGAAGGAAACAAAGAAUUACAUUUACAAGUGUUUGACUUGCAUUCUGACAUCAGUGAAAAGGAUGACACCUUUGAACAUUUAUAUGAUUCAAAACCCAGCGGGCCAAAGUCCUGGAUGGAUCAGAAUCCGAAACAGUACAGAAGGACGUCCAAGCUGCAGACGCCCACAGAAACCAGAAAUCCAAGGGGAACAUUUGUCGUCUACAGGCAGAAAACUCAAGACAAUGUUCCACUAAACAACACAAGGACGUCUAAUGUGUCACACAGUCACACAGUGGACACCAGUGAUGAGGCGGUUCAUCAGAGUCUGGAGACCUGCUGACAGAUGAGAUGCCACCGUGGCUGGGCGUAGAUGUCAGCAUUGCGGACACCGAGGUGGGCUCUUUACUCGCUAGUCCCAGGAGGGAGACAUCAGGCAGGGCGCCAGUGAUUGAGGAGUCGUCUGCUGCGCUCACAACAACUGAAGCCUCUCCAGCAGGAAGAGUCUUAACAUCACUGACCAACAUCCUUACAACCCCAGACGGUGAAAACGGAGGGAGAACCAGGAGACGGAAAUGUGUCGUCAGUUAUAAGGAGCCGACCCUCAACAGCAAAAUGAGGCGCGGAGAUAAAUUCACCGACAGCGAGUUUCUGAGUUCUCCGGUGUUUAAGGACAAGAAGAAGAAAAGGCCGAAACCGAAGAAGAGCAUUCCAAAGCUGGAAAGAGUUGUUUUGGUGGACUGAUUAUUAUUAAUAGCUUUUUUUUUUAACUGGUUUUAUUUUAAGUUGAUGGUUUUCUUAAUAAGCUUAAUAAAGAUCUUUUAAGUCAAA